UACAGUCUGUGUUUUUCGCUUCUUGGUUUACCUUGUUUGGACACUGCAGUAUCUACUUGACUCUAAAACGCGUGUAUAAUUGGUUGUUUUGAAAAGAAACAGAAAAAUCUGCCAUUAAUGAAAAAACUCAAGUAUUGUUUUGACCUGUGUUAGUAACGCAGAACGUGCUCAGGGAGACAGGCGCCUUUUCUUUGCUCAUGUUGUAGGCCGACUGUUUUUAGCCACAUGUAGCAUCCAGUCAACAGAAAUCCAUCAAUUCAAGCUCAAUAAUACAACAUGGCUACAAAGAAGAAGCGAAUUCCUAAUAUGCAAAAUGACAGCUGGGUAGUCAUUGCUGCAGACUCUGCCAUCGAAACACAGAAGCAAGACAGUGACCCAGCUUUUGUGAGACUGAGGAACCCUGUUACAGAUGCAGCUUCUCUGUACAUGUUGAGGAGUGGUGAUGUGCAGCUGUUUGAGGUCAAAGCGUUUGAAGAAGAUUUCCAUUCCUGGUUUGUUGGCCAGACUGUACAGAGAGAUGGUAGAUUACUCUUUGUAACACCAAUGGAUCCUCUCUAUCUAAUGUUGCCCUAUUUGGUCAAAGCAGGCAAAGAGGGGAAGUUCCAGCCUGUGGAUCAGGUCGUUAUGGACGAAGACUUCCCGGCUUGUUCGAGGCUGCUGAGCUGCACACGUUCCCUGUCCUCCCUUCACCACAUUGCAGAGGAAAAGGAGGUGGGAGGACUUAAGUUUCAUCGAUACAGUCAAGAGAAGACGAUGAAUUGGUUGAAGAAAAAGGUGGAGAGGAUGGACACUGUGCUCAAAGCGAGAAAUAUCUCUGUGGGAGAAGGAGUCAAAUCCACAACCUACAUCAGAGUGAAGUCAGAGUCAGACUACCAUCCAGAGGACUACCUACGCUACGCUCAUGGCAUGAUAUCAGAGUACCUCAGUGAAGACCUGAGCAAAGCCCUGCUCAAACACCUGCAGUUACCAGAACUCACAAGCCCAAAGGAGCCAGAACCUCCUUCAAAGGCUGUACGGGGCUUAGUGUGUGUGUGUGUUCUGCUGUGUUUCUUUGUCAUGAAAAGCUUGUCUUACUUCCUCGUUCUUCAGAAGCGGAAACUUUCCGAAUUACCUGUGGAGGCUGAAGAGGACUACACUAAAUUCAACAGUGCAGACUUUGCACGGAAACCGCCUAAGAAGAUGACAUCAGCUCAGAAGUCUCUGGCGAAGGUGGACAAAACUGGCAUGAAGUCGAUGUCAUCCUUCUUCAGCCCCAAAGUCAAAGCAGAGAAGAAGUGAAUGUUGUAUAGUAACUGGUUUUGUAUAUGAAACAUUUGUAAUUAAGGAAAUAAAAUGUAAUUGACA